AUGCACUCAAUUGAAGAAAAGUCGGCCGUGGCAGAGCAUCAUGUCACAGUUGAGAUAUAUCCAGAUCCAAAAGGAUCUCCCAUCACCGGGCAGUCUCACGAGGACACAGCUGUGAGAGUCGAUUACUCCGGAGCAUCGGCGAAGACCGACCCUGCAGAGAUCAAGCUUGUCCGCAAACUCGAUAUGUUCAUCAUGCCCGUUGUCUGGAUCCUGGUGUUCUUGAACUUCUUCACCCGUCAGUCCCUCAGCGUCGCGCGGCUCGACGGCUUCGAGCGCGAGCUCGGCAUCUCAGGGACCGAGUUCUCCCUCGCCAUAUCGAUCCACUACAUCGGCUACCUGCUGGUACAGGUCCCUUCCAACAUGCUCCUGACCAAGGUCCCGCCGCCGAUAUACCUGUCCGUGACGAUGGGUGUCAUGUCGGUCGGCACCGCCCUCACGGCCGUCCUUCACAACGGCCGGAGCUUGCUCAUCCAGCGCUUCUUCCUGGGGUUGGUCGCGGCACCGAUCUACCCGGGCUGCAUGUAUGUCAUCUCUCUUUUCUACAAGAGGAAGGAGAUCGCGGCGCGCAUGACCCUCGUUUACACGGCCACUAUCUUCGCCACGGGCAUGAACGGGCUUCUGGCCGCCCCUCUCUUCCGCGCCAUGCGCGGCAAGCUCGGCUUGUCGGGCUGGAGGUGGCUGUAUAUUAUCUUCGGCGCCAUCGCGGUGGCCGUGUCCGCGCUGUCGUUCUUCAUUCUGCCGGAUGAGCCGCUCAAGACGAAGUGGCUCACCCCGGCGGAGCGCCAGCUAGCCCACGACAGGAUAGCCGAGGACACCGUUGAGCUCGGAGAGGACGGGAGCAUGGUGCAGGGGUUCAAGGAUGCGAUGAGGGAUCGUAGGGUCUGGCUGUUUAUGGUCAUACAGCACGUCAAUGCUUUUGCCGGCAGCCUGCGGAUAUUCCUGCCCACGCUGCUUGCAACACUUGGGUUCGGCCAGUUCAAAACCCUCGUCAUGACAUGCCCACCCUACCUGAUAGCCUGCGUCUCGGCGAUGUGCGUGUCCAUCUCUUCCGGGCACUUCAAUGAGCGCACAUGGCACCUCACCUCACUGAAGACGCUCGCGGCCGUUGGCUUCGCUCUCGCUGCGGCCACGAUGAACCCCUCCGUGAGAUAUUUUGCGGCCUUCGUGUUCAUCAUCGGCACAUGGGGCGGCACGUCCAUCACGCAGUCGUGGAUAGCCAGCACAUGCGCGCAGACCAAGGAGAAGAGGGCCGUGGCAAUCGGGCUGGGGAACAUGUCUGCUAGUUCGACGUUGAUCUGGACUCCGUACCUCUGGCCUGAAUCGUCUGCUCCAAGAUAUGCCCUUCCGCUUAUCACAUGUGCUUCUGGUGCUGCUAUGUCUGUGUUGCUAUUCUGGCUCAUGCAAUGGGACCUCAGGCAGCAGAAUAAGAGACUUCGUCAGACUGAUGUAGCGAGUCGGGUGUUCUACGCUUAUUGA